ACGAGAGGUGUCUAUGGGGCACCCGCUGCCGCCGCCACUGCUACCGCCGCCGCCACUGCCGCCGGGUGCUCUCUAUGGCGAGGAGGAGGAGCUGGAGCGCGAGCUCAGCGACGCAAGUACAUAAAUAAGGAUUAAGUAUUUUAUGAAACAAAUCCUCAAUCAAGUAUAACAUUUUGAUGCUUGGCAUCUAGACUCUUGUGCCCUCACUAUGCCAGCAGCAACUGUAGAUCAUAGCCAAAGAAUUUGUGAAGUUUGGGCUUGCAACCUGGAUGAAGAGAUGAAGAAGAUUCGUCAAGUUAUCCGGAAGUAUAAUUACGUUGCUAUGGACACCGAGUUUCCAGGUGUGGUUGCAAGACCUAUUGGUGAAUUCAGGAGCAAUGCUGACUAUCAGUUCCAACUGUUGCGGUGUAACGUAGACUUGCUAAAGAUAAUUCAGCUAAGACUGACCUUUAUGAAUGAGCAAGGAGAAUACCCGCCAGGAACUUCAACUUGGCAGUUUAAUUUUAAAUUUAAUUUGACGGAGGACAUGUAUGCCCAGGACUCAAUAGAGCUGCUAACAACAUCUGGUAUCCAAUUUAAAAAACAUGAAGAGGAAGGAAUUGAGACCCAGUACUUUGCAGAACUUCUAAUGACUUCCAGAGUGGUCCUUUGUGAAGGGGUCAAAUGGUUAUCAUUUCAUAGCGGUUAUGACUUUGGCUAUUUAAUAAAAAUCCUGACAAACUCUAAUUUGCCUGAAGAAGAACUUGGUUUCUUUGAGAUCCUUCGGUUGUUUUUUCUUGCCAUUUAUGACGUGAAGUACCUCAUGAAGAGCUGCAAAAAUCUCAAGGGUGGAUUGCAAGAAGUUGCUGAACAGUUAGAGCUGGAACGGAUAGGACCACAGCAUCAGGCAGGAUCUGAUUCAUUGCUCACAGGAAUGGCCUUUUUCAAAAUGAGAGAAAUGUUCUUUGAAGAUCAUAUUGAUGAUGCCAAAUAUCGUGGUCAUUCGUAUGGCCUUGGUUCUGGUUCAUCCUAUGUACAGAGCGGCACAGGAAAUGCAUAUGAAGAGGAAGCCAACAAGCAGUCAUGACAAGAAAUAGUCCUUUUAUUUUAUUUGAGCUACACACAUGCUUGUAUAUAGGUUUUAAUCUCUGGUUGAAUCCCUUGAACAAUAGAAGACACUUUACCCCCUUUCAUAGCCCAUUUUAUUUCCUGUCUUUGAGUACUAAAUAUGACCAUUCCUAUCUAAGAUCUCAAUAAAUAGAAAUGCAUUCAGGUUAAAUUUGGCCUUAAUUUAAUACACUUGUUAGCAAGCGUGUGACAGUGUGGGGAAAGCUACAUUAUACUGAAUAUAAACUUUACCAACUUAGGGUUUGUUUUUCCCUUUUCCUGAAUUAACUAGCACUGACUGUAAUUUAUUUCCCUGUUUCAUAUCUCCCCUCCGUUCUACAGGAGUUUUAGCUAUUUGAGAUUGUGGACCAUCAAUUUUGGACUUUAGAGAGUGAUUCUGCCCCAAAUCCUGCGUUUCAUCAGAAAUUUUGGUUUUUCUUGCUCUUAGGUGGGAAUAUGACCAUCUGCCAACUUUAUACAAUAUGUACUUGUUUUUGCACCACAAAGUACACCACUUUUUUGGUGCAGAUUGAUUAAGCAAGACUAACAA